AUGACCAUCCUGCUCAACUCUCUCUCCUGUCUAAUCCUUCUGUCCAUCGCAGUUGUGGCCACGUCUUCGGCCUAUGGCCACCUUCGGAAACGUCCAUCGGAACCUUCGGAAGAGUUUGUUUCCUUGUCCAUCACUCUGGAAAUCACCAUGACGCCUCGCCCCUCCUUUGUCGCGGCCAUGGCGGACAGCACCAUUGACUCCCGUGCUGGUCAGUGUCUGAUCAAUGCAUUUGAAGUCGUCGGACAGCCUCGUCGUCCCAAUACUGACCCACAUGUAUCCCUCUCUACCAUUGAUGUGGCACAUCGAAUUUUCGGAACGCCCGCCAUGAGCCCCGCCACCCAAGGCCAAGACAGCACCAAAGCCGCCACACCAGCCACCACCACAGUCCUCCUGGAUGAACCUGUCGUCACAGCGACACCACUGGUGGUCGAGCAAGACGACAAUGACAAUGACAGCGUUAACAGCAACGACACCAAUGACAGCGACCAUGAUGAGGAUGACAUGAACAAUGUCAUCGUGCGAGUGAUUUACUCCUUGUUAUCCAAGUUUGGACUGGUCCAUCAAGAAGAAGAUCCCACUCCUCUGGUUGACAGCGCUACCAGCAGCACAGCCCCAACGGCUGCCCCUACAGAUUGGAAUGCUUCCAGCGCAACUGCGUGGAAGAGUCCAGGUCCUUCCUACACUCUAGGAGGGUGUCUGCUCUGUCCCAGUGAAGAUGAUGUUCCUGCCAUUGAAGAGAGCAGCACCAUGGAGUACUAUGCGGAUGGAUACGCGGAGGAUGGUCAAGAAGGACAAGCCCGCAGUUCUCUUCCUUCCCAAGGCGCUUGCGGAUCGCUCUGUCCACCAGAAGACGAAGAUGACGAUUCCGAACAUCGUCGUCAAUUGCAAGCGCAGCCUCGCGUUGUCUGGACCAUUCAUGGUCUCAUGGAAUCCUUUCUGGUGCAAACUUCUCCCAUUGAGGACAAUGGUCAAGAUAUCGUGUGGAACGCCUUUCGAGCACAGACGGAUAUUCUCGAAUGGGCCGAGUUCUUUUGCGACUGCUUUGUCGGUGGCAUUGUGGUGGACGAAACGGAUGACUUUUUCUCGAGUGGUGGGGCGGAUGACCGUUCUCCGAUCUGUCAGAUUCACAUCCAGCCAGAGUUCGUUUAG